ACUCCAGUACUCUUCUUCACGUAGUCCAGUCGCAACUGUCAACACCCGCUGACAAGAACGCACAGCUCGAACUGCCUUAAGACAUAUACCACUUAGCAAACUUGUAUUGAGAUGUCAAGCGACGAUGACGAUGAACUCGCGGCUCUGCGGGCGCAGCGAGCAGCCCGCACUGGGGGCGCAGCGACUCUGUCGCAAUUGAAGGACAUUCAACGUCGUGCGGAGGCGCUGAAGACGGGGGACUACUUUGAAGCGAGCGAACGCCCUGGAGCCGCCUCCGGCUCCGGAGGUCCAGGUGUGGGGCCGCCCCGGCCGCCGGCGCAGCAGGGCCCGCCGCGGCCGCCGCCCCGCGGCGCCGGGAAAGGGAAGGAUGACGGCGCUGAGGACGAGGACGGCGAGGAUGACGAUGAGGAGGAGGGGGACGAGGAGGGGGAUGCAAAGGCAGCGGCAGGGGGGAGCGGGGGCGCCGCGGGUGGCGGCGGGCGGGCGCCGCGGGCGCCCAAGGUGGUGUGGGUGGAGGAGCCGGACCGGCUGGAUGACCCGCUGAGGGCGGCAUUGCCCAUGUCAUUCGGCCUGCAGGAGCAGAAGGUGGCAAUGCCCUCCGCCAUACACACAGCCUUCCGACGGUCCGCUUCCCCGCCCGCCGCCGGCGGCGCCGGCCCCGGCCCCGGCUCAGCAGCAGCAGCAGCAGGGAAGGCGUCUUUCGGGCCGCCGCGGCCGCCGCCAAAGGGCGGGUCUGCGGCCUUUGGUCCGCCGCGGCCCCCUGCCAAGGGUGGUGCCGGUGCCGGCGGCGGGGCCGCUGGCGGUGGGGCGGAGGGGGGCGGGGAGGAGGACGAGGUGGGGCCGCCGCGGCCGCCGCCUGAGGAGGACGGGGAGGAGGGCGACGCAGAUGUGGGGCCGCCGCGGCCGCCGCCGGAGUCGGACGAUGAUGACGACGACAAUGGCGGCGGCGGCGACCCGGCUGCUGGGGACGAGGAUGGGGAGGAGGACGACCCGUAUGGCCUGCCCAUCACCCACGAAGCCAUCAUGAAGGGCCACACCAAGGCGGUGGCGUGUUUGGACGUGGAGCACAGCGGCACACGCAUGGUGACCGGGUCGUACGACUACACGGUACGGAUAUACGACUUCCACGGCAUGAAGUCAGACAUGCGCAGCUUCCGCGACAUCGAGCCCAGCGAGGGCCACCCGGUGUUGUCUGUGAGCUGGUCGCCCUCGGGGGACGCCUUCCUCGUGGUCACAGGCUCGGCGCAGGCCAAGAUCUACGACCGCGACGGGCGCGCGCUGGGCGAGUUCAUCCGCGGCGACAUGUACAUCCGUGACAGCCGCAACACCAAGGGCCACAUCAGCGGCUGCACGGGUGGCUGGUGGCACCCCAGCGACAAGUUCACGGCCCUCACCUCCAGUGAGGACGGCACGGUGCGGGUGUGGGACACGCACAACAUUGCGCAGAAGACCGUGAUCAAACCCAGCCUGGCCAAGCCGGUGCGUACGGCGGUGACGGCUGUGUCGUACAACACCACUGGCAGCCUCAUCGGGGCGGGGCUGGCGGACGGGACCAUCCAGGUCUGGAGCGUGGGAGGCAAGUUCGGCACGUCGGCGGCGGUGGCUCAGGUGCUGCCGCCCACCCACCAGAUGAUUGAGAAGCAGGGCUGGACGUACGUGAGCAGGCCCACGCAGCUGGCCCGCAACGCACACCAGCCGGGCACUGAGAUCACGUCGUUGUGUUUCUCAUCCGACAACACCACCCUGAUCAGCCGGGGCGUGGACGCCACACUCAAGAUCUGGGACCUGCGCAAGUUCAACGCGCCGCUCAAGGUGCACGGUGGGCUGUCGGCGCCCUACGCCCAGACCCGCGCCAUCUUCAGCCCGGAUGAGAGCGUCAUCCUCACAGGCACGGGCGGCACGGGCGCUGGCGGCGGCGGUGACGCGGGAACGGAGGGCAGUGUGGUGUUCUUCAGCAAGAGCACACACGAGCUCAUCCGCAAGGUUGGCAUGCCCGGCGCUGUGACCGGACUGGCCUGGCACCACCGCCUCAACCAGAUCUUCGUGGGCAUGGGCAACCGCAAGUCCGGCGAGACGCAUGCGCUGUACGACCUCACCCGCUCCGAGCGCGGCGUGCUGAGCGCCGCCAGCCGCCGGCCGCGGGCGCCCAACCCGCUGGACUUCACGCCGCCCCUGCUCAUCAAGACGCCGCACGCGCUGCCCAUGUACAGGGAGGACCCCAUCAAGAAGCGCAAGGCCGAGAAGGAGGCGCAGCGCGCUCGCCGCCCUGACCUGGGCAUGAUCGCCACGGGGCGCGGCAAGGGCGGCAAGCUGGGAUCCACGGGCGGCACACUGCUGACGCAGCACCUGCUCAAGCAGCGCGGCGGGCUGAUGGCGCCGGAGCAGGAGAUGGAUCCGCGAGAGGCCAUGCUGCGACACGCCGACAAGGCCAAGGACGAGUUCUCCGCCUGGACCGCCGCCUACCGCUCCACACAGCCGCAGCCCAUGUACGCGCAGGAGGAGCCGGAGGAGGGCGAGGAGGAGGCGUGAGCGGGCAGGCGGCGUGAAGGGUGGGGGGGAUGGCGGGGUGCGGGGGCGGAGGAGUGAGAGGGGCGGGGAGGGGGCGGGAUUCUGAAUUUGGAGAGGUAGGAAGGCAGGCAGGAGCAGGGGCAGCAUUGUGUGUGCUGUGUUGUUUGGAGGUCGGAUUGGAAGGCGGGAAGGAGGAGCUGGAGGAGCAAGGCGACGCCGCCGCGGGUCAUCUGGCACGCGUUCGCCCAGAGUGAAGAGGGCGGAAGAAGGGGCAAUGGGACCGCACCGGACCAGGUUCGGGGGACCGGGAAGGGGGCAAGUGGUGGCGUGUCCCCGGUCGAGUUGAAGCUUUAACUCUGUGGUCAAUUGCUUCAACAUGCAGACAUGAAAUUUUGCCAGGAUUAUGUUAAGAAGGUCUGCGCAAACGGGGCCUGCGAGUUGCGGCAUGCAAUCAGUCCCAGCGGAAGUGUCAAGGGCUCUUGGAAAUCUGGCAUGUCGGUUGCAUUAUACUGGUAGUUCAGGGACUUCUCAAUCAUUCAAGGCACACUUCGGACAGGUCACCA